AUGCCGCCGCCGCACCCGACGCAGGCACCGGCACCAACGCUGCCGGAGGAGCUUCUCGAGGAGAUCUUCCUUCGCCUCCCGCCGGACGAGCCAGCAUGCAUGGCUCGUGCGCGCCUCCCUCGCACCAGACCCGCCUUUCGCCGUCGCUACCGCGACUUCCACGGCGCUCCCCCCAUGCUGGGCUUCUUCCAUUCCGGCUCCUCGGACUCCGGCCCGCACUUCGCCCCCACCGGCGCGCGCCUUCCUGGCGUCGAUGGCUGGGUUGGCUGGCACAUGGACCACGUCGUGUGGGACUGCCGACAUGGCCGUGUUCUCCUUUGCAACAAGAAUAUGCUACCCUUGCUACUCGUCGCUUGGGAUCCCAUGACGGGCAACCGGAGGAAGCUGCCGACGCCCAGAGAGUACGACAGUCAUGGGGCCGCGGUGCUCUGCAGCGCGACCGGCUGCCACCACCGUGCGUGUCAUGAGGGCCCCUUCCGGGUGGUCUUCGUUGGCCUGGAUUAUAGCAACGAUGGCUGUGCUGCUUAUGCACACGUGUCCUUACCGGAGACGGGUGAGUGGAGCGAGCCGUGCUCUGCUCUCGAGCCUGCGACGAAGAACGCGUCCCUUCUCGACAUGCCCCCUGUCUCGGUGCAAGAUCCACUUUGUUUCCUGCUUACAUAUCUGUAUUGCGAUGCUGAACAUGCCAACGACAUCGUUGUUCUCAAGUAUGACUUGACCUCUCAUCGCCUAUCACUGAUUGAUGUGCCGCCGGUGGAGACUGAUACAGUGGGUGAUACUAUCCUCAUGUUGAUGAAGGAUGGCGGUUUGGGGUUUGCACGCUUUGACGGGUUAACCAUCUACAUAUGGUCAAGACAAAUGGGGUCCGAUGGAGUCCCAGCAUGGACUCAGAGCACAGUCAUGGAUCUCAAGAACCUUCUCCCCAUCCGAAAUCCCAAGAAAAGAGUUAGACUGAUUGGAUCCAUGGAGGGCAGCGAUAUUAUUUUCAUCACCACGGACCUUGGCAUCUACAAGAUCAAUCUCAAGUAG